GGGGUUUGGGGCUGGACUGCAGUCUUCUGAGCCGGUUGAAAGCAGCUAAGGGCUGAGGCGGGGCCCUGGAGGGCUCCUUUUUUCCCUCCCCCAACCUGCUAAUCUCUUUUGGGCCCCUAGCUCCUUUCCAGCCUUGCUGCAGCUGUUUUGCAGCCGUGUUCAGCAUCCAAACAGCCGCAAGCCACUGUUCCCAGGAUGGUGAUCCGUGUAUAUAUUGCAUCUUCUUCUGGCUCCACGGCGAUUAAGAAGAAACAGCAAGAUGUGCUUGGUUUCUUAGAAGCCAACAAAAUAGGAUUUGAAGAAAAAGAUAUUGCAGCCAAUGAAGAGAAUCGGAAGUGGAUGAGAGAAAAUGUACCUGAAAACAGUCGACCAGCCACAGGAUAUCCCUUGCCACCUCAGAUUUUCAAUGAAAGCCAGUACCGUGGGGACUAUGAUGCCUUCUUUGAAGCUCGAGAAAAUAAUGCCGUGUAUGCCUUUUUAGGCUUGAAGGCACCACCUGGUUCGAAGGAAGCAGAAGCCCAGGAAAAGCAGCAAGCAUGAAGGUUAAGCUCUCUGCAUUAUACAUUCUGCCUUAAACAUCUUGAAAAAUAACUCCCUUUUGCUUUUAUACAAUGUUUCUCAAAUAGCAAAAUUAUCUUGGUUUCAAAAGAAAUUGCUUGAAGUUAAGAUAGUCAAGUAGUGUUUUCAUGUACAAUAAAAUGAAUGCAUAAUUAAAAUAUGAGCAUUAUGUUGAUAAUAGCAAAUUAUGAUAAAAUUUUAAAUAAAUAUCAUGAGAUAGUAUUACGUGCCAAGACAUUUUUUGUACUUUAAUGAUUUUUUACAAAGAAAACACCUUUUUUGAUAUUGUUGCAACUUAAAUCUAUCUGCAGCUCACCAGUAAGAAAUUGAGUCUCCAUCUCUUGUUCUCAAAUUGCUUCAUUAGUUUCAAUGUAUAACAAUGUGUAUGUUUUUGAACUGAAGUUAUCAUCAAAAAGUACAUGGUUCUGAUAUGUGAAACAUUGUCAUUUUAUGUGGUAAUUAUAACAUUCCCAUUCUUUUGUAGAAGGAACUGCUGUGUUCUGAUCUACAAGCUUUCAAGGAUUCUUAAUGUAGCCUUUCAUGCAACAUUAUGUGAUUGAAUUCAUGACACCCCCGUCAAAACAAUACAUACAUUCAAUUGAAAAAUUCCUUAUUUUACUGCGUUCUCAUCAAGUAAUGUUUCUGGGUUGCUUAUUUCAGUGAAAUAUGCGUGUUUGUCAUGGAAUUGGGACAGCACGUAAGCUUAAAAGGGCAUCCUCUUAAAAGAAGCUCAGAUUUUAAUUAACUAUUAAAAAGUAUAUUGGAAUUUAUUGGCCAAGAUUUAUUUCCACAGAUUUUUGCUAAAAUAAAUUUUAGUGAUUUUCCCCUUUGUAAGAAAGGAUGUGAUUAUGAAUGCUACUGUCUCUUGAUACUGGACCUUUUCGUUACAGUUCAGUCAUAAAUUGUUUGAAUAAGUUAAUACAGAGAUAAUAUUUUCUAUGCCCCUGUUACAUGAAAAAGUACAAAUAUCAAGCAAAAGAGAUGCGUUAUUCAGUAUUGUAUUGUUGUGAGAAAAAUAUCUGAGAAACAAUUUUACAGAAGAAAAGAUUCCAUUUGGCUCAUGAUUUUGGAGGUCCAUGUAGCUUGGCCUGCAGAGACCAGAGCAUUAACAUGCUGGGGUGAACACAGUAGAGCAAAGGUGCUCACUUCAUAGUGGUGUGGAGACAAAGACAGAAAACUCAUUUUUGAAACAAAGCUCCUUCCCCCAAACACAUUCCAAAAUGUGUUCAUCAAUAGAUUAAUGUAAGUUAAUUUGUUGAUGAGGUUAGAACCCCUGUUACCCAAUCAUUCUCAAAGGUUCACCUUCACCUACGGUGGCAAUAGUGACCAAACCUUCAACAUACAAACUUUUGAGGGACACUGCAGAUACAAAUCAUAACAAAGAAUAUUUAUAAAAAUAUUAUUAAAUACUUUCAGAUUCAGAAAAAAAUUUUCCUAUUUUAGUUCCAUACUAAUUAUCUCAAAAACUAACACCUUCUUUAUCCUAUUUCUUGUUUGCCAGUCUAUACUCUAUAAAAAUCCACAUAUAAUGUAAGCUUUGUUUAUUGAUAAUCAAAUAAUGUGAUGCUUAAAAUAAACUCAAUACUUUCAGAAA